CCUGCACAAACCAUAACAUUAUACCAAACGCCAUGACUGGAAAGUUCAGAAAAUAAAAAGAAAAUCAAAUGAGCUAUGAAGUUUCACUUCUACAAAGAAACCACAAAGACCAUAGCUGAAGUCGCCGGUGAGCAGAUCCUCAAACUGAACCAAAGUCUCGCAAAGCUCACUCGCUCCCAUUGUUACUCAGAGGCCCUCCAACUUUUCACCCAAAUCCUGUCCUCGCAAUCCGUAAGACCAGACCACUACACGCUCUCUGCAGCCGUCACGGCCUGUGCUAACUCCCGCGACGUCGUUUUCGGAACCCAACUCCACGCCCACGCCAUCCGAACUGGCCUUAAAGCCUACCCUCACGUCGCCAACACGCUGCUCUCACUCUAUGCGAAAGCCGAAAAUUUGAAUUCUGUGAAAUGGGUUUUCGAUGAGAUUGAAAACCCCGAUGUUUAUUCCUGGACGACGCUGUUGUCGGCAUGUACUAAACUGGGGCAUGUGGAUUAUGCAUCUAAGCUGUUUGAUACAAUGCCUGAAAAGCGUAAUGUGGCGAUUUGGAAUGCGAUGAUUACCGGGUGCGCAGAGAAUGGCUGUGAGGAGGUGGCUAUUGGGUUGUUUGGAGAAAUGCGUAGGAUGGGUGUUAUGCAUGACAAUUAUAGUUUUGCUAGUGUUUUGAGUUCUUGUGCUUUGGAGGGUUUAGGUUUUGGGAGGCAGGUGCAUACGUUAGUGAUUAAAACUGGGUUUUUGGGUAGAUCUUCUGUUGUUAAUGCUCUGCUAACUAUGUAUUUUAACUGCAGAAGUGUUUUGGAGGCAUUUGAGGUUUUUGAAGAAGCAGAAGAUGCGGUAUAUGAUCAGAUUACAUUCAAUGUGAUGAUAGAUGGUUUGGUGAAUGUGGGAAGAGAUGAAGAGGCUUUGAAGAUGUUCAAAUUGAUGCAAGAGGUAUGUCUUAGACCAACUGAACUGACUUUUGUAAGUGUUAUGAGCUCAUGUUCAGCUGUAAGAGUUGCCAACCACAUACAUGCCCAAGCUAUAAAGUUGGGUUUCGAAGCUUUUACUUCUGUGAGCAAUGCAGCAAUAACCAUGUAUUCUGGUUGUGGGGAUUUGCAUGCAGCUUACCUGGUUUUUCAGGUAUUGGAAGAGAAGGAUCUUAUAUCAUGGAACACCAUGAUCUCGACUUAUUCUCAGGGAAAUAGCAGUAACUUGGCCAUCUUGAUCUACCUACAAAUGCAGAGGGCAGCAGUAAAACCAGAUGAGUUUACUUUUGGAAGUUUGUUAGCAAGCUCUGAGUUCACUGAGACUGUGCAAGCGGUUCAAGCCCUUGCACAGAAAGAUGGGCUUAUCCUUAACAUUCAAGUUUCAAAUGCCUUAGUUUCUGCAUAUGCUAAGCAGGGUCACAUGAAUCUGGCCUACCAAGUAUUUAAAGAUAUCAAUCACAUAAAUUUGAUCUCAUGGAAUGCUAUUAUUUCUGGGUUUCUGUUAAAUGGAUUGGUAAAAGAAGGGUUAGUGCAAUUUUCGAAACUGCUAAUGUCAGAACACAGGCCAGAUGUGUGUACAUUAACUAGUAUUUUGAGCAUUUGUGCAAGCAUAUCAGCCUUGAGAGAUGGAAAACAAGUUCAUGGCUACAUUCUCAAAUUUGGGUUUUUCCCCCAGAUGUGCUUACAUAACGCCCUCAUUACGAUGUAUGCUAAAUGCGGGGUUAUAGAUUGGUCAGUAAGAGUGUUCAAUGCGAUGCCUCAAAAGGAUACAGUCUCCUGGAAUUCCCUGAUAUCAGCUUAUGCACAGCAUGGGCAAGGAAAUGAAGCUGUGCGCUGCUUUGAGGCAAUGCAAGACUCCGCUGCAGUCAAACCAGAUCAGGCCACCUUCACGGCAGUCCUUUCUGCUUGCAGCCACGCUGGUUUAGUCGUUGAUGGUACCCGAAUUUUCAAUUCCAUGAUUAAUGAUUAUGGCUUUAUGCCUCAAGUAGAUCACUUUUCUUGUAUAGUUGACCUUCUAGGUCGUGCUGGGUAUAUUGAUGAGGCGGAAACGGUAAUAAACAGCAAGCAUAUUAAAGCACAUCCAAAUAUUUGGUGGACACUAAUCAGUUCUUGUGCAGCGCAUGGUAAUUUAAGGCUAGGAAGAACAGUUGCUGGAUUUCUCCUUGAAACUGAACAAAAUAAUCCAACUGUUUAUGUGCUUUUGGCAAGUAUUUAUGCAGCUGCUGGGCAAUGGGAAGAAGCAGCUAAUGUGAGAGAAUUGAUGAACAGAACGGGGGUGGCGAAGACACGGGGAUGCAGUUGGAUUGAGUCAUGAAAACAUGUAGGAGUGAAUAUUUUACAUAGGCUGGACAUGGAAGUUGAGAAAGAGGGAUCAGUCUUCUUUUUUCUUUUUCUUCUUUUUCUUUCUGUU